AUGGCAUCGUCGGCAACAGUGAAGUUGCCGGCGCCGCUGAUUGAAGAUGGCCUUGGUACCAGAUUUUGGAUCAAGUUCAAAAAGGAGUGGACACAAGCGCUUUACACACCAUUUAUGGUCUGUUUGGCUGCUGGAACUCUCAAACUCGAGACAUUUCGCCAUUACAUCGCGCAGGACGUAUAUUUCCUUCGUGCCUUUGCAAAAGCGUAUGAACUGGCUGAGGAGUUUGCAGACGACGAUGAUGCAAAAGUUGGAAUUUAUGAACUGCGGAAAAGUGUUCUUGAGGAGCUGAAAAUGCAUAAUUCAUAUGUGCAAGAAUGGGGUUUCGAGUUGCCCAAAGAGAACACUCCAAAUGUUGCAACAGUUAAGUAUACUGAUUUUUUGCUAGCCACAGCAUCCGGAAAGGUUGAAGGAGUAAAAGCUCUUGGUAAACUAGAUACUCCAUUUGAAAAAACAAAAUUGGCGGCAUAUACUAUUGGUGCUAUGACUCCUUGCAUGAGGCUUUAUGCCUUCUUGGGAAAGGAGUUGCAGGCAUUUCUUGACUUCAAUGAAGGUGUUCACCCAUAUCGAAAGUGGAUCGAUAAUUAUUCAUCUGAUGCUUUUCAGGCUUCAGCUUUGCAAACAGAGGACCUGCUGGACAAGUUAAGUGUGUCUUUGACUGGUGAAGAACUUGAUGUUAUUGAAAAGCUUUAUAAUCAAGCUAUGAAACUGGAAAUAGAGUUUUUCCUAGCCCAGCCACUUUCUCAGAAAACUGUUGUUCCUCUAUGCAAAGAGCACAAUCCAGCGGAACAUUGUCUCAUGCUGUUUUUCGAUUUUGAUUUGACAUGCACUGUUGUGGAUUCGUCUGCUAUCCUGGCGGAAAUAGCAAUUCUUACUGCUCCAAAAUCUGAUCAAAGUCAAUCAGCUAAUCAACUUGUUCGAAUGUCUUCCAUCGAUCUUAGAAGUACAUGGGCAGAACUUUCUAAGCAGUAUACUGAAGAGUAUGAGCAUUGCGUAGAAAGUGCCUUGAUUCCGAGAGAAGGGGGGAAUUUUGAUUAUGAAGAGCUCUAUGAAGCACUUCAGCAUCUUUCCGAUUUUGAGAAAAAGGCAAAUUUGAGGGUGAUUGAUUCUGGGGUACUUAAAGGUCUGAGUCUUGAUGACAUAAGGAGAGCUGGAGAACGCCUCGUUCUCCAAGUUGGCUGCAAAGAUUUCUUUUCAAGUGCUGUUAGGAACGAAAACUUGAACACACACAUUCAUGUCCUAUCCUAUUGCUGGUGUGGUGAUCUCAUCAGAUCUGCCUUCUCCUCAGGUGUCGUUGACAAACAGAAACAGUUGACCGAAGGUAGGUCUUGUAGUUGGAAGGGUCUCUCUGGUGUCUUAUAUACUGCGGCCGACCAAGCGCCACCCACAAUCAUCGUUCUGCCCCCACCGCCAACGAGCAUCUACCACCAUCCUCCACGACCAACCCGACCUCUGCUUCUUCACUAUCGAGGCGGCGACGCCAUCUUCACUGCCAAGGAUGUCCUCUUCGACACCCUCAACAACAUCAUAUGCACGGUGAAGCUCCGCCUCCGACCAAGCCUGAAGUGUUGGUUCACGAAAUGGACGGUGAAAGUGGAGCUUCAAGCUCCGCCAUUAACGGCCAAAUAA